AUUAAAAAUAAGAGAGAGGCGUGUACGAGGUAAGUAAUAUAUGCCACACCACAGCUCAUUACAAAAGCCCUAAACCUAAAUCUCUCCCAAUCCUCAAUCACUCCAUUGCAAAGCUGUGCGAACACGAUGCUGGCUUGUGGUUUGCUUCUUUCGAUUUUUUUGGAUAAUGUGGCUUCCGGUGAGGGCAUUUGCUUGUGACUAUUCGGAGAAAUGUCUUGGAAGAAUAUCGCGAUGUUUUGUUCAAUGAAAGCUGUGUAAUGAGAACUAAAGUGACUGUAUAUGCAACAUCACUCAAGGCCGUGUUCAGACGAACUCAUUUUCUCAAAUAUUUGUAAUCGAAGAUGAGUAGUCGUUUCUCUCGCACAAUCUAUGUUGGUAACCUCCCAUUGGACAUAAGAGAAUCUGAAAUUGAUGAUCUGUUUUACAAGUACGGCCGUAUUGUGGAUAUUGAAUUGAAGAUUCCAUCUCGUCCUCCCUGCUUUUGUUUUGUGGAGUUUGAAGAUCCCCGGGAUGCUGAUGAUGCAAUUAGGGGUCGAGAUGGCUAUAAUUUUGACGGUUGUAGAUUGAGGGUUGAACUUGCUCAUGGUGGUAGAAGGUCAUCUUCAAGUGAUCGUCGUGGUGGUUAUGGUGGUGGUAGUUUUGGGAGUGGUAGGGGACGUCCCACCAUUUCACGCCACUCUGAGUUUCGUGUUAUUGUUCGUGGUCUUCCAUCAUCAGCUUCAUGGCAAGAUUUGAAGGAUCAGAUGCGGAAAGCUGGUGAUGUGUCCUUUGCUGAAGUAUUUCGUGACAGAGACGGUGCCUAUGGUCUGGUUGAUUAUACUAAUUAUGAUGACAUGAAAUAUGCUAUCAAGAAGCUUGAUGAUACCGAAUUCAAAAACCCAUGGACAAAAACUUAUAUUCGGGUUAGUAAGUUUGAGCGCAGUCUGUCAAGGAGCCCUAGAAGGAGCCGCAGCAGGAGUAGAAGCUUAAGAAGGGAUAGGAGCAAAUCUCGGGAAAGGUCUGUCUCUAGGUCAUCAUCUAAGUCUAGAUCGGCAUCUCCUGUCAAAUCAUCCAGGCCUAAAUCCAGAUCCAUGUCUGCAUCCCCAAAACAGGUGUGAUCAAGAAAUCCGUGUUCUCGUUGCCACGAUGAUGGAACUUUGGAUAGCCCUUGGUUUGCAGAUUUGUAAUGCUUGAUGAGAAUCAUGACUCUUAAGGAGUUUAACUGUUUUAUCAUUAAUCUGUUGCAAACUCUUUGAGUUGAAGGAUGAAUCCUCCAUCUUUUAAAGUCUAGACUACAAUUAUGCUUUA